CUGACAUCAGCCUGGCAGACUGGGGUCGCAAGGCCAUCGAGAUUGCAGAGAACGAGAUGCCGGGGCUGAUGAAGAUGAGGGAGAUGUACGCUGCCUCCAAGCCGCUGAAGGGCGCGCGCAUCGCCGGCUGCCUCCACAUGACUGUGCAGACAGCGGUUCUCAUAGAGACCCUGAUCGAGCUGGGAGCUCAGGUACAAUGGUCAAGCUGCAACAUUUUCUCCACUCAGGACCAUGCUGCAGCUGCUAUUGCAAAAGCUGGUAUCCCUGUGUUUGCCUGGAAAGGGGAGACAGAUGAGGAAUAUUUGUGGUGCAUUGAGCAGACCCUGUACUUCAAGGACGGGCAGCCCCUCAACAUGAUUUUGGACGACGGUGGAGAUCUUACCAACCUAGUUCAUACCAAGUACCCACAGCUCUUGAAAGGAAUUAGAGGUAUUUCAGAAGAGACAACCACUGGAGUUCACAACCUGUACAAGAUGAAGGCCAAUGGGACCCUGAAAGUGCCAGCUAUCAAUGUGAAUGACUCUGUCACCAAGAGCAAGUUUGAUAACCUUUAUGGUUGCAGAGAGUCUCUCAUCGACGGCAUCAAACGUGCCACAGAUGUCAUGAUUGCUGGAAAGGUGGCAGUGGUGGCAGGGUAUGGUGAUGUGGGCAAAGGCUGUGCUCAGGCCCUGCGCAGCUUUGGAGCCAGAGUCAUCAUCACGGAGAUCGACCCCAUCAAUGCGCUCCAGGCAGCCAUGGAAGGUUAUGAAGUUACAACCAUGGAGGAGGCCUGCAAGGAGGGCAAUAUCUUCGUUACCACCACUGGCUGCACUGACAUUGUUCAGGGCAGGCACUUCGAGCAGAUGAAGGAUGAUGCCAUAGUGUGUAAUAUUGGCCAUUUUGAUGUGGAAGUUGAUGCCAAGUGGCUGAAUGAAAAUGCUGUAGAGGUGGUGAACGUUAAACCUCAGGUGGAUCGCUACACCCUGAGGAGCGGCCGGCACGUCAUCCUGCUGGCCGAGGGCCGGCUGGUCAACCUGGGCUGUGCCAUGGGCCACCCCAGCUUCGUCAUGAGCAACUCCUUCACCAACCAGGUGCUGGCACAGAUUGAGCUGUGGACCAAUAGUGACAAAUACUCUGUUGGAGUCUACUUCCUGCCAAAGAAGCUGGAUGAAGCUGUGGCUGCUGCUCAUCUGGAUAAACUGUGUGUGAAGCUGACAAAGCUGAGUGACAAGCAGGCCAAGUACUUAGGAUUAUCAAGAGAUGGGCCAUUCAAGCCAGACCACUACAGAUACUGAGCAGGUGGCACUGCCCAAAGACCAAAGUGCAGGGAUAUGACCUUCCAAAGUCCUUGUGUGUGCUGGGCUUCUGAGAACAAGCCCUUUGCUAUGCUCCUCAGUGCUGCAGAACCCCUCCCCUUACCAAGGGAGCUUCAGGGCCUUAUUUGUUUGUGAAAGAAGAUCACUCUGACUCUUGGAACUAGAACUGGUUACUUAGCUA